AUUCAUCACUUUAAAUUGAUUCUGACGGUAUAUGCUCUAAAAGGUGCCGUCCCAUGCGGGGCCGAUCGUCGGAAUCUAUUAGAUAGAUUUCGGCACUUCGAUAUCCCUAGGAAUUUUACAAUCCACGAUGUUGGAUGAGCCGGGAUGAGCACCGUUUGAACUACCAGUGGCGCGUUUAGUGCCGAGAAGAAAACAAAAAAGAGUACGGCGGGCAGCCGGCAAUGCAAACGGUGCUCAUUCAAUACCGUGGAUCGAAAAAUUCCUAGGGAUAUCACAUGUCAGAAUCUAUCUAAGCAUCACAGCCAUACACAUGCCUUGAUGCCUCUAUGUUCUUCGGUAGUAUAUGUGUGCUGAAAAUGAGAGUGCUUAAGUAAUGUUCGGUAAUCAGUUUUAUGUUUACUAAGAGUAGUUCAGUGUGUUUUGGUAAACGACUCGUUGACCGUGAUCACGAUCUUCACUCUUCCGUGAUUCUGAUUCGUUUCAUAUGAGUUGUCAUCGUGCUGUCAUAUUGUGUGGACGCUAAGUUACGCUGCAUAUCGACCACGCGCUGUCCAGUUCAAUGCGUGCUAAAACUUACUCAUGAGAGAUCCUAUCAUACCGGUAAAAAAAUUGUUAUUGUUUACAACAAAGUAAGGAGCUAAGAAGCUUAGUCACAAUGGCGUACAAUUUCCCAGGAAUGCCAGCAACACCGAUGCCUCCGAUGGGAAUGGGGCCAAUGGGACCUCUGGGCCCGAUACCUGGACCACAGGGAUUCAUGGAGUUAACAGCACGAUCAGCAAUGGGGCCUGGAUUUCCACCCCUUCCACCUGCCAUUGCAAUACCAGGGAUGAAUGAUUCCCCCUUGGAGUUUAGUACGAAUAAAAACCAACCUCCUAUUGCCAGGGAAAGCACCGAAGACAAUAAUGACAGAAGAAGUGAUAAAGGUGACGUCAGGAGAGAUAGGGACAGAGACAGAGAGCGCGGAGAACGAGAACGAGACAAUCGCGAGGGUGGAAGAAGGUUGAGAAAUGAGCGUAGUGACAAUAGACGUGAACGCGAAAGAGAUAGACGCGAUGAUCGGAUUGAGAGAGACAGAAGAGAUGACAGGCGAAAUGAAGAACGGAACAGUUCAAACUCUAACAAUAAUAACUGCAAUACAAGUGGCAGUGAAAUGCCAUCAUCUAAUACCAGUACCAGUAGUACGUCGCAUACGCCAAAUAUGGGAUCUCAGAUGGAGCCACCAACAGGAGUAUGGGGUAUGGGCGUAGGCUAUUCAAUGAUGGGAAUGGGGCCUAUGGGUCCAAUGGGUCCCAUGAUGGGUGAGAUGGCUAUAGGACAUCAUAUGGGCCACGGUUAUGGGCCAAUGGGAAUGGGAAUGAUGCCACACGACGGAGGGAUGCUAGGUGCUCAGAUGAUAGGCCCUGAUCAAAUAAUGCCAGAAGCUACAGCUCAGAUUAUGACUGGAGCGCUACCACCUCCGCCUGCAAAUUCUCAGGGAACGAAAGAGAUAAUUCAUUGCAAAAGUUGUACUCUUUUUCCACCUAACCCAAAUGCACCACCACCAACAACCAGAGAGAGACCUCCAGGAUGCAGAACUAUUUUCGUUGGAGGUCUACCAGAGAAUAUAACGGAGGCUGUUAUCCAAGAGAUAUUUGAGCGAUGUGGCGAGAUCACGACGUUACGGCUUUCAAAGAAGAACUUUUGUCACAUUCGUUUCGUUUUAGAAGCUAGCGUUGAUGCAGCUAUUUACCUUUCUGGAUACAGAGUUAGGCUUGGUUCAAGUGGAGAUGCUGCAAACACUGGACGGCUCCAUGUAGAUUUUGCCCAGGCACGGGAUGACCAGUAUGAAUGGGAAUGCAGACAAAGGCAGUUGCAGCGAGAGCAGCGGCACAGAGAAAGAGUAGAAAAAGAAAGACAACGACCACCCUCAAGUCCACCACCUGUGGUUCACUAUACGGAUCAUGAGGCAUCUAACAUAUGUGAAAAAAUCAAACAAGAUGACUCUUUCAUGAAAGCAGUACAAGUGGUGGUGACUUGGCUGGAACGUGGUGACUGUGUCAAGCGGAACUCAAAUACAUUCUAUUCAAUGAUACAAUCAACGAAUUCGCAUGUACGUCGACUGCUAACCGAAAAGGCAUCUUAUGAGGAAGAGCUCCACAAAGCUAAGGAAUUGAUGAAGGGCAGGAUGCAGGGUCUUCUGAUUCAAUUCAGUCAGAUUGAACGUGUGUUCACGGCGGCGAGUCACAAGAAGGUUUGGGACCACUUCACCAAGGCUCAAAGGAAGAAUAUUGAGAUGUGGAAGAAACAGUCUUCGGAAAUCAAAGCAGUGCAACUAGAAGAGGCAUUGAUGGAAGGUGAAGGUGAGAUGGACGUCUCAGAUUCCGAGGAUGAACCUCAACGAAAAAAGUCACGCAGUCAAUCCGAUGCUAAUGACGACGUUGAAGGGUUGCAGAAUUUGAAGGAAGAGAAUGACAGCCUGCGAUGUCAAUUGGAAGCAUACAAAAAUGAGGUGGAUGUCCUCAAGUCUGAGACGAAAACAGAAAUUGACUCAAAGGAGAAACAAAUGAAGAUGUUGCAGCAAACCUUAAAGGGAAUGCAAGAACAGCUUGUACAAUCGAAGAAACAACAAGUUCAAGAUGAUCAGAAGAUCAAGGACUUGACGGGAAAAUUAAAUGCAACGAAAAAGGAGGAUCCUGCAGAAAGUGAAAUAAUAACUUUAGACAAGGAUGAUGACAUUAAUGAAGAGCCAAGGACUCCAAAGCCGCCGCUACUUCUACCUGGAUGUGUACCUGUUAAUCAAAGAGAAGCUAAACUAAUCGGUUUGAUAGCUACUUUUCUACAUAUUCAUCCCUUUGGUGCAAGUGUCGAUUAUGUAUGGUCAUAUUUACAAAAGAUGGAACCAGGACUUAGACCAAACGAAGUUGAAAACCUAAUGCAACGAUUUCCACAAGUCUUCAAACAGGAACUCUCUGGUAUUGGAGCAAACAUGGAAAGGCGCUGGCAAUUUUGUGGUUUCAAUGUUCACCGCGGACACUAAGUACAUUGUAAAUGUUUUUAAACCUUGUCACGUACAUUAGGUAGCUAAUAAUAUUGACUUAGAUUAAAGAUACGCUAAAGACGAGUAAUUCUAUGAUCCCAGAUAAGCAUACCUUCUGAUGGGCGAGAAUCGAUCUAGAAUCCAAUGGCAUGAAGUGAUUCGAUGAUAACAGAAAAUUUUAAUUAUUAUUGCAGCGAAUAACGGUUUUUCUCAUUAAGGUGGAGCUUGUCAUUCAAUUCAGAUAAUGUAAAUUAUUAUUACUCUAUACAAGGAGCUCAUUCAAAAUAAAAAGAUAUAUGUUAAAGCAUUUUGAAGAUUUUCGUGUGACAAGAUGUUUUAAUACCAACGCUACAGAUAUUCAUCUCAUGUAUAUCUUUUUGGUAUAAAAAUUAGAGCAAUAUGACAUUGUUUACAAAAUGAACAUGCAAACAGCGAGUCACGCAGUUGACUGUGCUUUAGGGAUACCCUGCCUUCAUAAUCUAAAAAAAAGAAACUUUUUUUUCAACAUCGAACUGCUAGAAAACUGAAAGUUAUAUUAUAUAUAUUUGUUGACACCUGUGUGUCACUCCUUUUUCAUUUUUAUCUUUAAAUUUGGGAGAUAAAGCUCCAUCGAAUCAUCCUAAAAUUCAGGGGCAGAAAGAGUUUGAUCAAUAAAUGUGCACUAUCGCAUGUGAGGAUUAGAUCCGUAACUGUUUGUGAAACGCUUAAUUUACAUAUUUUUUAAUGAAUUACCUUCCAUAUCUCACAGCCCACACGUUAACAGCCUUAAGGAGUUUUGAGCAUACCAUCCGGUUUCCAAUGUUUUGUAAGGACUCUACUAAAAACGCGUGAGCGCGCCUGACGAUUCGGUCCUGAACUAAAGUUGCCAAUAUCGAUGGUGGAAUACUCAACUUGUUGAAAUUAUUUCUAAUAUUUUAAGAAAAUAGUGGCCUCAGUGAAAAUGUUCUCCGAAAUGCUACGGUUACUGUUAGAAUUCUGAACAUGAUUUCGGCGAUUUACACAAAAUUAUAUGACACCCGCAGAAAACUCUACGUCUUUGCAGAAUAAUAAAUUCCGCUAUCCCGCCAUUUGAGCGUCACUGGUGCUUUGUAUUUCGCAAAAUUUGGCAGUCUUGAUGACGAUCAGUAAAAUCGGCAACAACAGUACUAUACUUUCUCUUGAUUGAUGUAAGUUGCUAAAAUUGAAUAAUGAUGUGGUUUCAUUGUUUGAGGACAGCCCCUUUCGGAGUCAAGUUGUUAUAUUAUAAAGUUCUUUUGACUGACCUCUACACCCAAACAAACACAUUACAUUUUCUUUCAUUUUUUGAACUUUGUUAUUUUUCCCGUCUUUGAAUUUAUUCUUCUCUCUUCCAUUCCGAAAGAAAUUAUUAUGCACUAUAUCUACUGAAUUAUUGAGAAACGGGCAAAAGUUCAACUUGAAUAGUAUUUUCAACACGACUGGAGUACCGCACCAGUGAAAUAAGCGUCAUAGUGCGGCGCAUCGAAAACUCGAUGGCAAAAUCUUAUAUAAAAAAAAAACCAACAAAAUGUACAGGUAAAUCUCACCUUAUCGGGAAUUCAGAUAAUUCGAAGGAUCCAUCGAUUGUUUAAUUGGUUAUUGUAAUUAAUUAACACGACA